AGUCUCCUCGAGACACGGCUUGAGGAAAACUGUCCGACUCAGACGCACGGAAAGGCAAGGGCAGAAAGCACACCUUCUCGGGGACGGAGGUGAGCAGCGCCCGGCCCGGGACCACCGGAACAAAACGAAGGCGCAGCCCGGCCGCACGCUCGGAUGCCGGCCUCCUUCCCGCGGACCGACGGACUCCAAGCUCCCGCCGAGGUGUGCAGGGCCCGCCGAGGCCGGGCUCCAGCGGGCCCGGUGGUCGCCCGAGGUCGCCUGCGAAACGCUUCUCGAGCCUCCCUGAUCAGGGACAACCUCCCUCGGCCUCGGUCCCCGCCUGCCGCCCGCUUGCGGAUCCCAGGCUUUGGAACCAGGGGCCCCGCCUACCUGACGCCCCUGGCCGGGCGGACCGCAUGGAGCGAGCACUUCCGCUGGAUUCGCGCACUUCCGGCUGCGUGGGGCCAAUGAGAGCAAGGCGGCGGUGUUCCCUGCGCUGGCGUCCGGGCCGAGGUUGUCUCCUGGAGGACUAGGGCCGUUUGGCCUUCAAGGCCUGGUAAGCAAGCCACCCGAGGUCCUAGGAGACGAGCCUUUGCGAGCGGUAGCCCGGCGACCCGUACUGUGCCAAGCAAGGGACAAUGCACAAUGGCUGGGCCUUUAGAGACUUUUGUAACGGUCCCUGGGGCCAGCUCUUCAUAGUCAACUCUUGCCCUUUUAGUUCUUGGAACCAAAAAGUUGGUAAAUUUCCUGUGACCUUGGUGCAGACAACAUCAGUGUCAGAGGAUUGCGUUUAGGUCAACAACCCCAACUUCUCCCCAUGGACUCAUCUAAGAAGACAGAGGUGGUUCUCCUGGCCUGUGGCUCUUUUAACCCCAUCACCAACAUGCACCUCAGGCUGUUCGAGCUGGCCAAGGACUAUAUGAAUGCUACAGGAAAGUACAGUGUCAUCAAAGGCAUCAUCUCACCGGUCGGUGAUGCAUACAAGAAGAAAGGGCUCAUCCCAGCCCACCACCGAGUCAUCAUGGCAGAACUUGCCACCAAGAACUCACAGUGGGUGGAAGUGGACACGUGGGAAAGUCUUCAGAAGGAGUGGGUGGAGACCGUGAAGGUGCUCAGACACCAUCAGGAGAUGCUGGCAACUGGCAGCUGCAGUUACCCACAAAGCUCACCUGUGCUGGAAAGACCUGGGCGGAAGAGGAAGUGGGCUGACCAAAAGCAAGAUUCUAGCCCACAGAAGCCCCAGGAGCCCAAACCCACAGGUGUGCCCAGGGUGAAACUGCUGUGUGGGGCAGAUUUACUGGAGUCCUUCAGCGUGCCCAACUUGUGGAAGAUGGAGGAUAUCACGCAAAUCGUGGCCAACUUUGGGCUCAUCUGUAUCACUCGGACCGGCAGUGAUGCUCAGAAAUUCAUCUACGAGUCCGAUGUGCUGUGGAGAUACCAGAGCAACAUCCACCUGGUGAACGAGUGGAUCACCAAUGACAUCUCAUCCACCAAGAUCCGGAGGGCGCUCAGGAGGGGCCAGAGCAUCCGCUACUUGGUACCGGACCUGGUCCAAGAGUACAUUGAGGAGCAUGACCUGUACAACUCGGAGAGUGAAGACAGGAAUGCUGCGGUCAUCCUGGCUCCUCUGCAGAGGAACGCCGCAGAGGCUAAGCACAACCACUCCACACUGUGAUACAGCGCACUAUGUCCGUCAGAGACUCGAAACUAUUUGGUGUUAGUAACUCAGGGAAGGACUUGCAGUCAUCCUGUUUCCUCAACUGAAAGUUAAAGGUUCGAUUUAAAAAAAAAAAAUAAAUAACCAACAGGGAAUUAAGAUCAGUGACUGAGAUGAAUGUUUUAAAUAAGACCAUUAAAAAAAAAGGAUGUAAUUCACCUUUAAAAUAACGGCUCAUUCACUAAAAUGAAAUGUUAAUGAUGCUGACUUUAAAUAAAUUUUUCCAGAAAGGACCUCAUGCUCUGCCACACAAGAGAAGCAAAUGUGACAAGCAAGUCUGUUCAGAAGCCACUCUUUAGGGGCCAGAGAGAUGGCUCCAAGGUUAAGAGCAUAGACUGCCCUUCCAGAGCACCCAGAUUCAGCUCCCAGCACCUGCAUGGCAGCUCUCAGCUGUCUGUAACUCCAGUUUCAGGAGAAACUGUGGGCUCUAGAGCACAUAUGGUUCAUAUACAUACAGGCAAAAGACACAGACACACACACACGCACACACACACAAACUUGCCCCACAAAGAGAAAGAACAGGCUCAUCGAUGCCCACCUGCAGCCCCAAUAGCACCAGGAGCUGAAGUUGGAGAAUUACUUUGAACCCAGGAGUCAGAGAUGACCCUAGACAAUAUGGGCCCUUUCUAAAAAAAAACCAAACCAAAACAAACCAGAAUCCUAGCGUUAGUUAUGAAGAGAACUGACAUGUCAUUCGUGCUUGGUGACAGCCAUCUUUAUCCAGAAUAGACAAAGGAAGGAAUUCUUUUUUUUGUUUGUUUGUUUGUUUG